UUUAUUGGCCCAUCAAUAUUCUAAUUUCACUAUUAUGCUGUGUUGUUAGGCUGAUCAACUGCAUGGAGUAAUUGAUGAUCCUGCUACAUUGUCUUCUGGAUAUUUAACAGAGAGAACUAAUUAUCAACUUGAGACUGACUCAAUAUUAGAUAAACCCGUGAUAACGGCAAGUGAUGGAGAAAUCAACCUAAUGGAGGAACUGUUUGGUCGUAUCAAGUCACUCAAGGAUAAUUACCUUUCCAAGUUGGUGGAACUUGAUCAACAAUACACUGUUCCAGAAUUAACUGAGGGUGACAAUACUGAGGAAUUCAACAAUUCAGUAAGAACCAAAAAGUCUAUCAGAAAGAUACUGAAGUUCUUGCAGAUCGAGAAAAAUCAUGUACAUGAUGGUUUGAUGAAUAAGGUUCCCAAGUAUGAAGCACUCAUUGUGUCUUUGAUGCCCCUCCUCUUGGAAAUGAGAUCCCCACUUUCUGGUGAUAAAAGACCACAACAACAGCAAGGGCAACCUGCAGAUGCAAGUCCUAGUUUCCCAAUCAAUUCACCAGAGGGUCAGGUACAGCGUGAAGGGGCUGAGACACUGGUGGCCAAGAGUCCAUUCGACCGCCUACGUUAUGCAGUGCGGUCUUCGUCGCCAGAAGCCUUUCGCAGCUCAGUUUGUUCAAUGUCGUAUGUCUUUGGGGAGAGCAAUGGUGUGCCAUUUGAGGUUAGAGCUUCAGACUCUGAAUCCAGCAGAGUACGCAGUCCUAAGAGGCAGAAAAUGCAGGAUGCAAUCUAUGCUCUGAGUGAAGAGAUCAAAUCUAUUAACAGAACACUGAUUGAUACGGAGAUCACCAUCUCUGGGGAUAGCGGAACCUCUUGUGAUGCUGGUACAACCAUCAAGCUUUCGUACACCGCCGUGGCACUUUCAGGAGACCUCAAAUCACUGUUUGCAUCAUCUGAAAUGUAUGAUAUCAUGCCGGCGAAGCUAUCUGUCCCUUCGGAUUACCCAAGAAGUUCCCUGAUGCUUAUCACUGAUGAAAGAGAUGACCAGCUUAGGAAGAAGCCGAGUGCCAUCUCAAACUCAGCAUGCGGCAUUCUCCCUCGCCCUCAAGAAUCUCCCAGAGUCCCAUUCGAUCAAGGAUAUUGCCAAGGCGUGGGAUACCUGUGUGCGGACGGCCGUCACAAAGCUUGCGCAGCAGUUUGGAGGAGGGACGUUCAGCUCAAGAUUUGGUUCGUGGGAAAGGUGCAUGAGGUAGAGCAGCAUUGUCAUAUGUGUACAUUGUUGGGCGUAGAUCAAACAGAGAGAAAGGUGAAUGAUGAAUCAGUACCCCAUUGACAAAAUGUUGGAUCAACAGUCUGUGGACAAUGUCUGAUCCCCUGUAUAGCUAAACACAUAUCUGUAGGAGGAACAAUCUCGGAUCCUUAAACACAUAUCCGUAGGAGGAACAAUCUCUGAUCCUCUGUAUAGCUGCAGGGUAACUGUGU